CCGCAAGGAGAAAGAUUGCGGUCAAAGAUCAUGUCCGCAGUGAAAAGAUGUGAGGCAUGAGUUUUAGUACGAAGAAUCGAUGAAAGGCAGAAUCGAGAAUAAAAUACUUUUUAAAUCGAUUAAUAUAUUGUCGAUGACCUAAACGAAAAUGACAAGAUGGGAUUGAAGUUUGAAGUGUAGAGAGAGGAACGAGGAAAGUCAAAAGUUGAUUAUGUUCAGAUUCAGAAGUAUCUAGACUAAAUUAUUGUAACUUAUAACCAUGACUACUGAACAAAAAUUUAAUGCAGCAGUAAAUGUAAUUAGAAGUUUACCAAAAAAUGGCUCCUAUCAACCCAGCAAUGAAUUGAUGUUAAGAUUUUACGCAUAUUUUAAACAAGCCACAAAUGGUCCUUGCCAAGGAUCACGUCCUGCUUUUUGGGAUCUCGUGGGACGAGCCAAAUAUGACGCCUGGAAACGCCUGGGUGACAUGCCAAAUCAAGAAGCCAUGACUAAAUAUGUCAAUGAAUUACAUGCGAUCGUAGAAACCAUGAGUUAUUCUGACAAAGUAGCUAAUUUCUUGGAAGCACCAACGAAUGAAUUGGAUACCAUCAAUUUGGAUGACCUAGAAUUAGUCGCAGGAGAUGUUCUGGAAAGAGUUAGAUCGCAACCUAAUUCACCUUUGGCCUCUAGAGAAGGUUCCCCAAUUAGAUUCGGUUCAAAGAGUUCUAGUUUGAGAUCGUCUCCACUACCAUCGCCACCUGAUAGCGAUUCAGAUCACAGUGAUGAUGAAUAUAUUGAUACAAUCGAGAAUCCUGACGUUCGAAGAAUAUUAAACAUAUCAAACAAUGAGACAAUACCUAACGGCAUUCAUGGUCAAACUCACGUUUCAAGAUCAAAACCGAAAUCAAAUUCGACCAACGUAGAUGUGUCGCAAGAAAUCACCAAAGCCAUUCAAAGUUUGAGAGGAGACAUUGAAAGGUUAACGAAAAAAGUUACAACUUUGGAAAGCACACGCAGCACAAACACAUUGAAUCACAAGAGAGGAUUUUUUAAUGGAAUGUCUACACAAUUGAUAGUUUUUAUUAUAACUUGGCCUUUUAUUGUUCAAUUUAUAACGAAUAGGUAUUUUUCAAGGAGGCGAUAAUUUUAUUUAAUGUAUGUGGAGUCAUGAAAGCAAAUGUUAAAUUUGACGUGUCUCAAUUUAAAAGAUUCUUUUGCAGGGAUGCACCGGUAUUGAUGUUGGAUGUCCGCCAUUUUGCAGUACAGUUUAAGAAUAAGAGACGUGGUUGAUUGUAAAUUUGACUUAUUCCAUUUUAACUAAUGAAAAAGGAUCCAUUAGUGUGAAAAAGUCCAAUAGCUCUCGCACUACUAGAAACAAAUAUCAAAUAUACAGGGUGUUCAAUAACUUCAGUCUGGAACAAACUUUUGGUUUUAAACGGAUUAUUCAUUUUCUCAGUUUUGUAUAUCACCAUUCAAAAGCAUCCUAAUUACGCUUUUCAUUUUAGUUUAUUAUGGUUAAUAGUUUUUAGAGAUUUUUAAAUUUAAGUAAAAAGAUAAUUCAAAAAAUAAUCUUAAUUUUAGCACCACUACAUAGUGGAAAUCACUCAAAAGGUAUAUAUGUAAGUUUUUGGAGCCUCUGAUUUCAGAAAUUCAAAAUGGCGGACGAAAAUUGGAAAUUAUUCUCAAACUUGCACGAAAUUUGUUAACAGUUUUUUGGUUUGCUGACUCCAAAUUUGAUGGCUGAUAUUCAAAAUGGCUAAUAUGGAAUGUCGGUCAGAAUCUAUACUUGCCGGUUUUUACUGUUAUUAGUUUUU